AUGGUGAAUGCCAGUGAAUUAUCAGUUCUUAAGCAACCGGAUAGCAUUUCGCCUGCAUCCCUUCAUGAACGUGUUGAUGAAAUGGUUUGGCCACGCCUCUUAUCGUUGAAAAUGUCCAUUCACAGUAGUUUAAAGCGAAGUGAUUCAUACAGAAUAGAAAUUCCUCAUAUUUUGGACAAGUGUAAGUUUGACUUCACAAGUGAGGUAACAUCUGACUACAAAUGUCCUUUAUGUCAUGGUUUGCUUCGUGAUCCAAUACAACUUAUACCAUGUGGUCAUCGAUUUUGUAACAAAUGCUUCCUGAAUAAUAUUGGAAAUGGCCAUGGCAAUCAUUGUCCUAUAGACAGAAAAGAAUUUCGAGAGAACGAGGUGUUUGAAGAUCGUGCUUGGCGCAACACCAUCAUGUCAUUACGUGUAAAAUGCAAGUUCAAAGGUUGUUCAUGGAAUGGAACACUAAAUGCUCUUCUCCAGGAUCAUUUGGGUGAAUGCAAAUUUGAAAAAGUGAAAUGUCCAGAUCCUAACUGUCGUAUGGUGAUGAAACGUGGUGAACUGGAGAACCAUCAAGAAAACAAAUGUCAAUGGCGAGUGAUAAUUUGUGAUUAUUGUGGAGAUAAAUAUGCUGUUUGUAAAGAAGAGGUACAUAAAGCAACAUGUCGUGGUCUUCCUCAAAAAUGCCCAAAUGGCUGCUCGUCCACAAACAUUUCACGAGGAGAGAUAAAGAAACAUGUCGAGAAUGAUUGUCCUCUGACCAUAAUUCCUUGUCAGUAUCAGCAUAUCGGUUGUAACGAUAAGAUUCGUCGUCACGAAAUGGAGAAACACAUUAAAGAUAAUCUUCAAAAUCAUUUAAACAAGGCAUGUAGUAAAAUACACGAAAUAACUUUAGAUUUACGUGAAAAGACCGUUCGACUAAAUCUGUAUGAAGAAAAACUUGCAAGUUUGGUCUCCGAACAGACUCGUAAUGUCACGGGCAAUGGAACAAUUGUGUGGGCUAUUGACAAUUUUGAGAUUCGCUAUCGUCAAGCUGUAAAUGGAAUUGAACCUAUUCUACAAAGUGAGCCCGCACUCACUGGACCUUUUGGUUAUAAGUUUCGUUCACUUGUCUAUCUCAACGGUGACGCAAGGGCAAAAGGAUCGUACAUGUCAGUUUAUAUUCAGUUAUUGAAAGGAAAAUAUGAUUCUUUGCUUUGCUGGCCAUUUCAACAGGAGGUCAGAUUUACUCUUCUUGAUCAACACAGCGAUUUGAAUGAACGUCAAAACAUUGUAAAGAUUCUUACAACGGCCUCAAAUAAUGAAAGUGUUGUCAAUUUUCAGCGACCAAUGAAGACUUGCAAUACCGGUCGUGGUUUUGCAAAGUUUGUUCAACAUGACGUAUUGCGCACGCGUCGUUAUAUUUUUGAUGACGUUAUGUUUAUGAAAAUAGAAGUAGAAGCAACGGCAAUGGUGUAAAAUAUGUUUUAUUUUGAUACGUGUCGUUGGAAUGCUUGUUAAAUGUCGAACUGAGUCAGAUUAUACAUUUUGAAAAUUACAUUGAUUGUAUCUACUUACUAUGAAUAUUUUUUAUAUUAUACAAUGUAUGUUUGCUGACAUUUUCAACUUGAACAAAGAUCGUAAACAAAGUUUACUGAUUUGUGAACUUUUUGUGAACUUUU